UUACCAAAAGAUUUAGAAAUGUAAGCUCAUAUUUCAUCCAAACAAGUAUUAGGAAUGGCACAUCAUUAAACAGACGACAAUGAUGAUCCACAAGUAACAGCACCGUGCAGCUUCCCACGUCCUUGCUAAAAUGGGCUAAUUCUACAGUAGGCAAUACCCUCUUACAAUAGAUUGUCAGCCGUUGGAUCUCAUAUUAAGAGAGAAUGCUACCCCAUUUAUGAACGUGGGCAAGUGCAAGUAAUCUUGUCACAUAAACUGUCAUAUGGGCUGGGGAGCUUGCAAGAAAAUAUCACAACGUGGACGGUUUGAUUUGAUAAGAUGAUGUGCACGUGUGCCGCCAGUACAGUUAUUCCACUCGAUGAAGUUCAUGUGCACGUGUGCCACCAGUACGGUCUAGUUCCCAUCUUCUCUACUUCUCCCUCCAUCGUUUCUUUUCUUAUGUGUCUUCGUCAUGGAAGCUUCGGUCCGACUCUUCAAUACAACGCAUCAUCUCAAUCACCAUCUCUCGCUCUCCGUAAAAACCAGACUCCAACACCACCACUCUCUCAGACUCUCUUCAAAUGCAAUUCCCAGAAACCCCUUCUGCGCAUUGCACAUCGCUUUUCCUCUUCCAGCCCAUCGCGACGGACGGUCUAUCCGUACGCUACCUUCCGCAUCCCUCUCAGCGUCUCACCCUUCAAAUGCCCUGACGUUUCUCCUCUCCCUCUCUCUUUCCCGGAUCUUCCCUCCUCCUUCUUAUGUCGAUCGAUUGGAUUCCUCUGUUGCGGAUACAAAGCAGCAAUUUUUCGCGAGGAAUCGAUCUACCGAGGGCGGGAAUGUAGGGUUUUGCGGGGAGAAGGGGCAGGAUCUGACGGUCGUGAUGCUCGGAUGGCUUGGGGCGGAGCAGCGGCAUCUGAGAAGGUAUGGUGAUUUUUAUAGUUCGAGGGGGAUUCGAGCGGUGCCGUUCGUUGUUCCAAUGAGGGAUCUUCUAGGGUUUGAUUUGGGGAGGAAAGUUGAAGGACGGAUCGCGGCGUUGGCGGAGGAUCUGAUUGAAUGGCUGUCGGAAAGGGAGAAGGACGAAAGGGAGCCAGCCCUGCUCUUUCACACCUUCAGUAAUACUGGCUGGCUUGUCUAUGGAGCCAUACUUGAUAAAUUUCAACAAAGAGGUGAUUUUGCAAAGAAGAUCAAAGGAUGCAUUAUUGACUCCGGACCUGAACCAGAACUUAACCCUCAGGUUUGGGCAGCAGGAUUCUCUGCUGCAUUGCUGAAGCAGCGCUGCUCUUCAGCAUACUCUUCAGCUGAGGUCACAGAAGGAAGUCCAUUAGAUGGUAAUGAGAGUACCUGGCAGAUGCCAGAUAACAAACCCCUGUUGAUUGAGAAGGUGCUCCUGUCAAUUUUAGAGAAGUUCUUCUCCAAGUUUCUGAACUUGCCUGAUGUAAAUAGGAGGUUGAAGAAGAUCAUCUCCAUCCUCUCAAGUGACCAGCCUCCCUGCCCUCAGCUGUAUCUGUACAGCACAGCAGACAAGGUCAUUCCAGCUAGGUCGGUGGAGUCUUUUAUUCGGGAGCAGAAGAAAUCUGGGAGAAAGGUAUGGGCCCAUAACUUUGGCUCAUCCCCACAUGUUGACCAUUUCAGGAGCUUCCCACACAUAUAUGCAGAGAAGCUUCACAAGUUUUUGGAGGAUUGCAUCCCCAAGGUGGGCCAGACGUAAACCAACCAUAGGGUCCAAGGCAUCAUUGUUCAGAUUGCAGGGACCACUUACGAUGCUAUCUGCUCUGCUUCACUGCUCAGGGCAGCCCCAUAGAACUAAAGCUUUGGAAAAUAUUCCCUUCUUCAAAAUGUAUUCUGGGGAGGUAAUAUUUGGUCCCUGUUCGAUCAUUUCGUUCGACUUCUUCCUCACAAAUUAUAAAAACUCUCAUUCGUUGUGACCAA